GACCUGCAGCGACAAUCUUGCGCCUGACUCGACCAACAACUUUGCAUAGAAAAGAAGGCAGCUGCAGCUGCAGUUGCGGUGUGUUAUGUCGUUGUAUAAUGGUGGCCGAGAUGGAACUGGUAGUGGUAGAAAUGAGCCUCAUUGCAUGCCCAAAGGUACCGCAAUGUUGUGUGUCCGUCGUCAGCGUGCAAUGAUGUAUGAAACCAGCGAAGAUAAAAAGGCUCUCUUGGCCCCCGUCAAUUGAUCUCACCAAGCUUGACUAGGGAGCCAUUGCGCAGGUAGAAAGCAGGUGAAUUGUUCGAUCGCAGCGCGCCAAAAUGUCUCGACCUUGCCAGACGAACGCACCUGAAGGCAACUUUGUACAAAAGCCAGCCAGUGAGCCACCACGGAGUGAGGAAGCCGGUGCACCAAGCAUGAGACCUGGAAUAGUACGGCAAACAUCUGACUUCGGCCCAGAUCUCGAACGCCAAGCAGGAAGCUGGGGAGGAGAAAGAGGUUGGGUUCGCAUGUGUCGACAGAUACAGCAAGACAAGAGGCACAUGGUCGCACCCCGACUGUCAAACAUAAGCUCGCGCUGUAUUAUGCUUCAAGCGAACCGCAUGGUGACUCUUUAUGCCGAGGCCGAAAAAGCAUUCGAGUUGGGUAAAGAAGAUGUGAACUCAAACGAAAAGUUUGUGGAGGAAUACCUAAAAUAUUGUAAGAUAAAGGAUAAUGGCGAUUACGAUCCAUUUGCUGGACCGCAAGCUGACACACUCACAGCACAGCUGCUGCUUCAAACAAACCAGGUACUCGCACUCGACAAGCCAGGCAGUUAUUUCUUGAGGAAUCUCUUACCUUCCUUCAGAGCUAUGUUAAAGGGAGGGAGUGGCAACUACCUUGACGCGCCGAUGAACGACUGGGCAUCGCUCUCGCAACCAGACAGGCUUGACCAGCUCAUCUGCCUUGCCGCAUACACAAGGGUCGGCAGAACCCUCUUUACACCGUUCCUAUCAAGACAAGAAGAGGUUGAUGAUAAUGAUCAGUAUCACUACAACGAAGGGGCCAUACGGUUUAUUACCAUCACCAUCUUCAGCUCCAUUAUCGCCGUGUUUGCUUGCGCUCCAGCCGCGAUUCAGUCCCUGAAUGUUCGAUCAACAGUUGGUGAAGUAGUUGUGUAUCUCGUGUUUGUGAUCGUGUUUGGCUGGCUGAGUCAGGGACUGAUUUUGGGACUUGAGAAAGUUUUGCUCUCUUGUCUUGCCUACGCCGGAUUGAUGGCAACCCUUCUUCGAGGGGGUUAA